CAACACAUCCAUACAGACGCACACACCAUCCAUAAUCGCUGGAAAACGCUGAGUUGUAAAAAGUGGAGAAAACUCGUCUGAAUCAUCUAUAAUGUCAGUUUAAGAACGUUAGCGAGUGAUUACGGUUCCCGUGGAAAGCGUCUCGAAUUGUUGGUUAUUGGAAAUUCCCCAAAUUAAGGGCAGACAAAAAGUUUUUUUUUUCCUCACUUCAUUCUUAAUUUUUUCUUGCAUUUCAACCAACUCAAAAAAAGAAGUUGAUAAAAGAAAACUUGUAUUUGAAACUUUUGAAAAAGUUUUCUAUAUCGGUGGAUUUCUUUUUGUGUCGAUAAAAAAAAAGGACACGCGAAAGAAAAAAUGUUCAUUUUAGUUGUAUAACUUAAAAAAUACAUAUUUCCGGCAAAAGUCAUUAGUCACUUAUGUCGUUCAAUACCAUCAGUGCUCAAAAGGACGGAAGCAGAACACCAUUUUAGAAGAGCAACAAAAUACCAACACACAAUAUUAUAGAUAUGCGCGUUUGGAUGUGUGAUUGGUUUUUGGAAUAAAUCGGAGGAACAAAAAAAAAAAAAGGAUAACAAAAAAAUGUGGCUUAAUGGAUUAAUCCUCGUAACAGUACUGGCUGCGGCUAAAAGCACUGAGGCAGAACUUAAUGUGGAAGCGGCAUUUCAAGGUCAUUGUGGGCACACAAGUCCUUGUGAGCAACUUUGUUAUGAAAUACAUGAUGGGAUGUACGAAUGUGAUUGCAUAGAAGGAUACGAAUUGAAUAAAAAUGGCUAUAGCUGUCAAGUAAUCAAUUCAACACUCCCACCGGAUAGUCCCUCAAAAUCAGAAGAGGACGUACUAUACCAAAAAGGUGCCUCGUUUAGUGCCAAACUGGCAAACGGUGUCAAUGGGAGCAACCAAAUACUUACAUCUGGAGAGGAUGAAACAGAUGAAUACGAUGAAUUCAUCACAGGCACUGAAAAUGAAAACCUCUCAACAAGUCAACGAAAAUCGAAUUCGUAUAUCGAUAGCAAUUCAAAAGAUUACUACAUAUCUUCAGAUAGCAUUAGUUUCAACGACGAUCAAUUAGACUUAAACCCUGUACCUGAAUUCAAAAACGCUAAUUCAAAUUCGAAAAACCUUACAAAUUCCUUGGACAUGUACACCGAUUCAGUGACAAACGAACUAAGUCAACGCAUCCAAUGGCUGCAACAGCAACAAAAUCAGCUGCAACACUCAGAGUUGCAUCGAUUAAACGAUAAACUAACGAAAUCAUCAUCAUCAUCAAUUACAUCAAAGGAGAAUAAUUCAGAUGCUGCGCUGACGGAAACACUUGACACAUCUAUUGCCAGCAGCAAUAUGUUAGAAGAUGACUACUACUCGAAACUUGAUAUGUCUGUCUAUGACGAUGUCAAUAAUAAUAAGUUGAAUUUGCGGCCAGUCGAUGCUAAUACAUAUCAAAACGAGUACAAUCAAGUGCAAGCGACAUCGCUCUUGCCAACGAAACCUCCUACACCGCAGCCCAAGAAAUCAGAUAGCCUUAGGAUGGCUGAACAACAACAACAACAGCAGGGGGAGCAAAACAAAAAUGUGACAGCUGGCAGUCAAGGAUCAUCAUCAGCCAUGAAAGUGCAUAGUGAAGCACCCUCAACUCUGACGAGGCAGAUUAAACCGAAUUCACGGAAUCUCUCAAGAAUGGCAGUUGAAUCAUGCUCUUUGGAUUGUGGUUUGGAUGGAAUUUGUGAUAUCAAUGAUGAAGGAAUCCCCAGAUGCCUGUGCACUUUUGGUAAAAGUGGCAACGGUUGCCUAGACGAUACUAAGGUUCGCAUUCCUAGAUUUUCAAAAAAGUCCUGGUUGGCCUUUCCAGCCUUACGUGGAGCAUACAAGCAUGUACAGAUAAGAGUUGAGUUUCGACCGGAAUCCGUCGAAGGCAUUAUCCUUUUAACUGGCGAAAGGGACGACUUAACCGGAGAUUUUAUGGCAUUACUCAUACAUCAGGGCUUCAUUGAAUUCUGGUUUGAUUGCGGAUCUGGCGUUGGCAGUGUUCGAUCUGAAGAAAUGGUUCAAUUAAAUCAGUGGAAUUCAGUUACAAUAUACAGGCACCGAUGGGAUGCUUGGCUACUAUUAAAUCACGGUUCACGCGUGCAAGGACGAUCAAAGGGUCUAUUCUCCAGAAUUACAUUUAGAGAGCCUGUAUUUCUUGGUGGAACAGGAAACAUUACUGGAUUGGCCAAACGAUUACCAGUUUAUGAAGGAAUGGUUGGCUGUAUACGAAGAUUUGUUGCUAACGAACAUGAGUAUAGUUUUAGUGAGCAUCCACUUGGUGACGUUUCCAAAGGAUUUGAUAUUCAGGACUGCACAACGGACAAAUGCUUCAAAUAUCCAUGUCAGCACGAAGGGAAAUGUUUACCAUCCGAUCAAGGUGCAAUUUGCCUCUGUCCGAUGGGCUUCGUCGGAGAUCUCUGUGAACUUAGACUAGACUUGCAAGUGCCCUCAUUUAACGGAUCGUCUUACUUGCGUUAUGCACCCUUGGGAGACAGUGCUCUUAUUUGGCUUGAACUUCAGGUUGUAAUUAAGCCUCUGGAAACGGACGGAAUUAUUCUAUAUACUGGCCAUGAACAUCACGGUGACUUUAUUGCAUUAUCCUUGGAUAUGGGAUUUGUGGAAUUUUCCUUUGACUUGGGGAGUGGUCCAGCUGUGGUGAGGAGUGACUACCCUAUUACAACUGGGCAGUGGCAUACGAUAAAAGUGUCUAGGACUGCAAGGUUGGCUGUGCUGAAGGUGGACGAACUUCCGGAAGUAAUGACUAUAUCAUCGAAUGGCUUCUGGCACUUGUCUUUACCGCAUGCUCUGUAUCUAGGAGGUGUACCUCAUUCUGACCUUUUACCAACAAUAAUUCGACACAGAGGCUUCUUUUCGGGAUGCAUCCAGAAGGUGAAGAUAAAUAGCAGAACUAUGUCAAUCGUUGGUGAAGCACUUGGAGGUACAAACGUUGACAAUUGCCCUCAUGCAUGCAAUGCCCAACCAUGCGGGCCACUCUCAGAGUGCCUUCCUCUAUUGGAAAACUACGAAUGUCGGUGUGGUCAGUUCAAUCCAGAAUGCAAUACGACAACAAGCAACAUACCAUUACCAACACCCGAUACUAUCCACAAAACUACAGGCAUUACGGCAACACACACCGUUAGUCCGCCAAUUGGAAAUAAUCAACACCAUCACCACCACUACCAGCAGCAUCAUCAACAGCACAACAACAAACCCUAUUCCUCCAAACACAAUAAAAGUCAUUACCCACAACGUCAAUCAACACAAUUUUCUAGCGAAAAUUCACUAGACAAUCUGUCGCACAAUUCCAAAUCCAAAAGGAACCGGAAGAGCCCCAAACCAACAGCAGCAGUGCCUGCCAGCAAACCACUCGACUAUAAAGCAAAAUGGAGUGAACACAUAACACCGGAAAUGUUCUACUUAGAAACCGAAUCGAAGGAUUCACCCGCUACCGCAGCCGACCUGUAUAUCGACGACGCCCCCAUCAAUCAUGAUUUCCAUUUUCCUGACAACCACCACCAACUUGUAGAAGUAGUAGAAGUCGAAGCACCUCCAAAGAAGGACUUCCACUUGGAUGAAAACGAUGAAAACGAUUUGCAGCUACUAGAUAUGUCUGCUAUACAUUUUGAGCAACCCAUAGUUUCUAUGCCCCCAGCUAAAGAAUACCCACAAGUGCCCCCAUACGAUUCACAUUAUUCGAAACCCCACAAACACUCUGGCAAAAAACAUCAAAGGUCUCGAUACAAUAGCGACUUUGAUGGUGUGGCGCCUCAAAAGGGUCACUAUGAAGAACAUAAUAAGCACAGUUCCGAAGCAGAUUCCAAUGUGCUCCAGCAAGCACAAGUAGUUUCGACGUCGGCAACAGGCAGACCCAGAAAAAGAUUGCACAAAAGACCGACGACGACGUCUCAUAGGUGGAAGUACCAUAAAAAGCUAAACAAUUACUUUGAUGAAAGCAGGAGGCCUCUUCACGAGCCGUCAUCGUCAUCAUCGACGACCAAAGGCCAAACAGCCGACAAUGGGAUCAUCAUCGGUUACUCACCAGUCGCCGUCGUCGAUGAAGGGAAUUACCAUACAAAAGAACUGUUUCAGGACAUGGAACGCAUAAUGAAGAAUAGCGUCGAUGACCUCUCAACGACAACUAUGCCAGCAAACAUAUUAGAAACAACAAAAACAGGGGUAAAUUAUGAUUCGUCCUUCUCGUCCUCCGAGCAGGGUCCUGUGAUUAGAAAAAGUCUAGGGGCAUGUUUCACCGGCACCGACAGCUAUUUUCAUUACAAUGACGCCGAAACCAUGAGCCAGAUAAUCAGCUAUAAAAUUGAUUUGAAUCUGCGGAUCAAAACCCACUCGAGGAAUGGGAUCAUCCUCUGGACUGGCCGGCAGAGUGCUCUCGACACAGAUGAUUACCUAUCGCUGGGUAUUGAAAACGGGUAUCUGCACCUGCGUUACAAUUUGGGAUCUGGCGAGGCCAAUGUCCAGUUCAAUGUAACCAAAGUAAGCGAUGGGCUCUGGCAUAGGGUGCGGGCAAUAAGACAUUCUCAAGAAGGCUUCUUGGAGGUGGAUGGCCGGAAGUCCGUUGUGCAUAGGUCACCGGGGAAGCUAAGACAGUUGAACACAGACACUGGACUCUAUGUUGGUGGAAUGACUGAUGUUUCUUAUUUUACAAGAAGAAGAUACUCUACGGGAAUAAUUGGCUGUAUAUCAGAAAUAAUACUCGCUGGUGAACUUCAACUAAAUUUUGAUCCGGCAACCCUGGGAACAGCGCACAACGUCGAAACUGGAAUCCUCUGAAAAAGCAUAAAUAGUCAAAACACUUGACGUUAGUACAAUAUUAUUGUUUUAUUGUAUUAAGUUUGUAUAAAAUACCAGGAAUAUAUACUUGA